CGUCACAGGUCAGUCAGGAAUUGCUUCCGGUUUAUGAGGGGAUACGCUGAGGGGCUGAAAAUCGAAGUGUUAAAAAGGAGAAAAAUGUUGUUACAGAGGGUGUUGAAUGUCGGCGGUCUGACACUGAAGCACUGCAGAUACAUCCAGCACAGUCCAGUGUGGAGGAGUCCUCUCAUACCCAUCGUUGUAGAGCAGACGGGGAGGGGGGAAAGAGCUUACGACAUCUACUCUCGCCUCUUGAGGGAGAGAAUCAUCUGUGUCAUGGGGCCUAUCGAUGACUCUGUCGCCAGCCUGGUGAUCGCCCAGCUGCUGUUCCUGCAGUCGGAGAGCAACAACAAGCCCAUCCACAUGUACAUCAACAGUCCAGGUGGAGUAGUGACAGCUGGCUUGGCCAUCUACGACACCAUGCAGUACAUCCUUAACCCCAUCUCCACCUGGUGCGUGGGUCAGGCGGCCAGCAUGGGCAGCCUGCUCCUGGCAGCCGGCACCAGCGGAAUGAGGCACUCCCUGCCCAACGCACGCAUCAUGGUUCACCAGCCCUCUGGGGGGGCCCGGGGCCAGGCCACAGACAUCGCCAUCCAGGCUGAGGAGAUCCUGAAGCUCAAGAGACAGAUCAACAAUAUCUACGCCAAACACACCGGACAGCCGCUGGACACCAUAGAGAGCGUAAUGGAGCGGGAUCGCUACAUGAGCCCCAUGGAGGCUCAGGACUUCGGCCUCAUCGACCGGGUCCUGGUGCACCCCCCACAGGCGGGCCAGGACGAGCCCGAGCUGGUUCAGAAGGAGCCAGCUGCAGCAGCUGCUGCGGCGGCGGCGAGUCCUUCCCCGCAGCCUGCAGCCCCAGAGCCGGCCGUCCCCGGGCAGAGCCCCCCGUCCUCAUACAAACCUGAGCCGUGAGGCUCUGAAAGCAGCCCCCCGCUCUGGGAGGGGGGUCCUCCCUGAACUGACACUGCAGGCUCGGUGACCUCCUGGUGCUCCAGUCAGAAAAGACACGUUAAAAUAAGAAAGAAUCUUUGAGACCUUCAUCUGAGCCGACCUCAGAGGCUCAGCCGGGAACGCAAGAGCGCCGGCGGCACAUCCAUGUUUGUGACAGAACUUCAGAGCAGUUUAGCAAACAUCUCGAGAUUUCAAUGCAAGAACACGGCGCUGAAAUAAAACAAAGUGAAAACUA